AUGCCACUCCGUGCGAGAAUAGACGAGACCAAACUCCCCAAGAUGUCUUCUUUAGAGACCAACGACAACGGCCCAGUCACUAAUGGCGCAAAGCCACAGACGGGCAUCAAAGUCAUCAUUAUCGGCGCAGGUUUCGGCGGCCUCACAGCAGCCAUAGAAUGCAUCCGCCACGGGCACACACCCGUCAUUUACGAAUCCUUCCCUUCGCUCAAGAUCCUCGGCGACAUAAUAACCUUCGGUCCCAAUGCUGGGCGCAUCUUCGCACGUUGGAGUGAUGGACGCGUCGCGCGCGACAUGCGCAAGAUUUCGAUCGAUCUCACCGAAUACGGCUUCAACAUUCACAAAUGGGAUACUGGCGAGAUUGUUAUAAACCAGAAGACGCCGCCACGCGACGAGAAGGCGCCGAACUUCAACGGGCAUCGCGGUGAACUACACGAGAUUGUGUUCAACUAUGCCAAGGAAAUUGGCGUGGAGAUUAACUUGGGACAACGAGUGGAGAAAUACUGGGAGGGUGAUAAGGAGGCGGGCAUCGUGCUAGAAGAUGGCACGCGCGUUGCUGGCGACCUCGUGGUUGCGAGUGACGGUGUUCGGAGUAAGGCGAGAACACUGGUCUUGGGAUACGAAGACAAGCCAAAGAGCAGUGGAUACGCCGUAUGGCGAGCUUGGUUCACCAACAAGGACAUGAUCGCAGACCCGGAGACAAAGCAGUUCUGCGAGAACGGCGAUACCUUUAAUGGAUGGAUCGGCCCAGACGUACAUUUCCUCUUCAGCACCAUCAAGAACGGCACCGACUGCUGCUGGGUGCUCACCCACCGUGACGACCACGACAUCGACGAAUCCUGGUCCUUCCCCGGCUACCUCAAAGACGUCAAGACUGUGUUGGACGGCUGGGAUCCAAUGUGCUGGAAGAUCGUUUCCAAGACACCGGAAGAGAAACUCGUUGAUUGGAAACUUGUAUACCGGGACCCGUUGCCCAACUGGGUUUCGGGCUAUGGCUCCGCGCCAGGUCACGGCCGGAUAUGCUUGCUAGGCGACGCAGCACAUCCCUUCCUUCCAACAAGUGCGCAAGGUGCAACGCAAGCACUUGAAGAUGGUGUUACACUCGCCGUGUUGCUACGAAAAGCUGGAAAGGAUAACGUACGAGGCGCGUUACGAGCAUACCAGGAUAUACGCUACGAUCGUGUCAAGGCUGUGCAGAAAACGGGCGAGACAACGAGAGACAUGUGGCACAAGACAGAUUGGGAGAAGGUGAAGAAGGACCCCACUCUGAUCCAGUUCCCGAGAGAGGAUUGGGUGUUCCAACAUGAUGCUGAGAAGCACGCUGAGGAACUGGGGGAUGAGGCGAUUAAGAAAGCUAGCGCUGUUGCUGCGUAG